AUGACAAAACCAAACCCAAUAAUUAUAUUCUUGAUUAUUAUUUUAAUCUAUAUAAGUUAUUUAAUCUCUUCGUUAUUCGAAUUUUCCAAUAAUUUACAAAAUGAGAUUAAAGAAAUUAAACCUUCGAAUCGAACACUUGGCUUCGAUCAUAUUUAUGUUGUUAAUCUUUAUUAUCGAACUGAUAGACGUGACAGAAUGGAUAAAUUAGCUUCUUAUCUUGAUUUAGAUUUUGAUUAUUUUAGUGCCGCUUCCAGAUAUGAUAAUAGCCUUUUUCGAAAAUAUGGUUACGGUGAAUUAUCUCCUAGUAGAAGAGCUUGUUAUCUCAGUCAUUAUAUGAUUUAUAAAUCUAUAAUUGAUGAAGGCCUAAAUAAUGCUUUAAUUCUAGAAGAUGAUGUUGAUUUCGAAACUAAUAUCACUGCAAUUACGACUGAGAUUCAUCGUAGUUUACCCGAUUAUUGGGAUACUUUGUAUAUUGGUCAUUGUUAUGAAAAAAUAGGUAAACUUGUCGAUAAUAGCUCUUUUACCAACAGACUAUAUGAAUCAGUGAUGCCAGCUUGUACACAUGCUUAUGCCGUUUCGAAUUGGGGUGCCCGCAAGUUGUUGGAAAAACUUGAUCCUAUGGUACCACAUGAUGCAAUUGAUUUAGCACUUCUCGAAAGAAUUAAGAAUAAAGAGAUCACUUCAUAUAGUGUUCAUCCAAUGCCUAUUAUACAAUGGAAAAGUGAAGAUAAUCCAUCUGAUGUUCCUGAAUCACUGGAUACCUAUUUUAGUUUAAAAAAUUCUACCUUACAAUUCCUUGGGUAUACUUAA